AUGGAGCCCAUGGAUUAUCUUUCAAUGUUUGCCUACUAUUCGGUGUCGAUGAUCAUUGGCAUCGUAGCUCUCAACUCACCACAGGCCUAUCGCCCAAUUUUCUUAGUGGGCAUCAUCUCCUUCGCCAUUCUCUCUUUUCGCACAAUAUCCGAUGCCAGCUUUGGGCUGUGGGGAAGCGAAAUCUUCGCUAUGUUCCUUAUCAUCUAUAUCUCCCACAUGACAUGUGUGUUAUGUGUCGAGAAGUACGUUCUGCCCAAGAAGGCGGGCACCACUGUCGACUGGGUGGCAGGGUUCAGAAUGAUGUUUAACGCCCGUUGGCUUGGUACCCACCGACAAGCGCCGGAUAUCAAAGGGGCCUCGAAGUCGGGCGUUACCUCUGACACCCCUAAUGAGCAGCGCGAAGAAGAAUAUUCUAGGGAUCCGUCAAAGAAAUACAGAACCAUGCUUCGUUCAACCCGAGCUAUCUUUGUCCGCGACCGCCUUAUCUCGCUCGUCCUCACUCUAGUCAUCGAUAAGGUGUAUUCUCAUAUCAUCGCGGAAGUCUUUCCGCAGUACUUCAAUGGUCUCGACGCACUGGAUUUCCUUCCCACGAAAGAAACAUACUUUCGACGUCUCACAUCCGUUACCCUCCGCGAAACCCUUAUCCGUGUCUGGAUAGUGACCUAUUUCAUAUGGUCCUCGAUGUGUCUCUAUACCACCAUCCACGAUUUCCUCUCCAUCAUCUUCGUCGGGAGCGGAUUCGACAAACCUGAAGACUGGCCGCCCCUCUUCGGUGACAUCCGAGAAGCGACUUCCAUCCGCAACUUCUGGGCCAAAUUCUGGCACCGCCUCAUAUACCGUAGCUAUACCUCGUACGGGAUCUGGAUCAGCAAGAACAUUCUGCGGCUCCCACGCAGUAGUUUCAUCGGCAAGCUCUUCAUCAACCUCUACGUCUUCGCCAUGUCCGGAUUCGUGCACGCGAUUACGAUCAGACAGCUGGGCUACACGUGUGGCGACCGCGAAGAGAUCCGCUUCUACGUCUCGAACUUCUUUGGCAUCUUAGUGGAGACAGCGGCCAUGGCGGCAUUCUCGAAAAUUACCAAGGGGUAUAAGGUCAAUAGCACGGUGAGUAAGACUGUGGGCUAUACAUGGGUCUUCAUGUUUCUGUUUACGGUGCUACCAAAGAGUCAGUAUCCGAAGAUAUUCUGCGCGCCUGCUUGA